UUUACCUGUAGCGUCGUGAGGCGUAGCUACCUGCUGGUUUUAGGAUGACUGCUCUCAGCACUUUGGUGGGGCAGAGUUUCUUCUAAUUGUGUGAAUGUGUGCGUGUCAGGAUGAGUGUUCCCAUGCUGAAGAUCGGUGCUGUGCUCAGCACCAUGGCUAUGGUCACUAACUGGAUGUCCCAGACUUUGCCUUCGCUGGUUGGACUCAAUGGAACCAUCGUGUCCCCCGAUGGCACACACGAGCGGAUCAUCAGCGGAUUGUACCCUGGCUCAGAGGAAGGCUGGCAGGUGUACAGCACGGCCUCGGAUCCGGACGGCAGGUGUGUGUGCACGGUUGUCGCCCCGGCGCGUAACCUGUGCAAACGAGACCCCCGGAACCGACAGCUACGCCUGCUGACAGAACAGGUGCAGAACGUGAGUCAGUCCAUGGAGGUGGUGGACCUGCGAACGUCAAGAGACCUCCAGUACGUGCGAGACUCUGAGCCGCUGCUGAGGGGCGUCGACGGUCGUUUACACACUUACGUGGCCAGUCCCCGCGCUCUAACUUCUAGGGGCCUGCAGGAGUUAAAGGGCCAGAUGUCUCAGCUGCGGCCACUGUUGUCAGUGGUGGAGCAGUACAGAUUGGACCUGCAGACGCUGGCCACCUUGCGAAUGGAGCUCCUCAACCUAUCGAUCAUCCUGACAGCCAUUCAGGAGGAGGUCGGCGCGUACGACUAUGAGGAACUUCAGCAAAGGGUGUUACUGCUGGAGACCAGGCUGCACAGCUGCAUGAACAAACUGGGUUGUGGUCGCCUGACUGCAGUCAGCAACCCAAUCACCGUGAGAGCCUCGGGGUCCCGCUUUGGCUCCUGGAUGACUGAUGCCAUGAUUCCCAGCUCUGAGAGCAGGGUGUGGUCAAUGGAUGGCUACUAUAAAGGCAGACGUGUGCUGGAGUACAGGACCAUGGGGGACUUCACGAAAGGCCAGAACUUUGUGCAGCACCUGUUGCCGCAUCCGUGGGCGGGAACAGGCCAUGUGGUCUACAACGGGUCGCUCUAUUACAACAAGCACCAAAGUAACAUCCUGGUUCAGUACCAUUUCCGCUCUCGCAGUGUGUUGCUGCAGCGCAGCCUCAGUGGAGCUGGAUACAACAACACCUUCCCCUACAGCUGGGGAGGAUCGUCUGACAUCGACCUGAUGGCUGAUGAGACGGGACUGUGGGCCGUCUACACCUCCAUCCCAAACGCAGGAAACAUAAUGGUAAGUCGCCUGGACCCCCGCACCUUGGAGGUCCUCCAGAGCUGGGACACAGGGUUUCCGAAGCGCAGUGCCGGAGAGGCCUUCAUGAUUUGUGGCACCCUGUACGUCACCAACUCCCACCUGGCCGGUGCCAAGGUCCACUUUGCCUACAACACCAACACCUCAACGUACGAGUAUACUGACAUCCCCUUCCAUAACCAGUACUCCCACAUUAGCAUGAUGGACUACAACCCCAGAGAGAGAGCGCUGUACACCUGGAACAACGGACACCAGGUGCUCUACAAUGUCACACUGUUCCACGUCAUCCAGAGUGACGGCUAAUAUGACUCAAUAGGAGAUGUUGAAAUGUAAUUUGAUACUGCAAGUUCAAAAAAACGCACAGGUCACACACUGGUCAUUCACAUCAGCAAUGAAAAUGAAAACUGUAUGUGUUUCAAUCUGAAUGACUUACAGACACAAUACGCUGUUAUCGGACACUUGUCCGAAGGUCACAGAUGACUUUUCAUCACAGCACUAAUGCUGGUAAGAUUUUUUUUUAUUUUUUUUUUUAGCUCAGUCUUAUUUCAUUCCAUUUUUAUUCCAUUUAUAUAUCAGGAGGGAACUUUAAAAGAUGGGGGGUAGUCAAAAAGAGACAUGCAGACAGUAAACAUAUUUUUAAGUCACUUUAGCAUCAAGUUCAGACUGUUGGAGAUAUUUGGGGCUUGUAACGUGAUUGUGGACAUGUUCAGUCAGCAUGGUUGUUCAAUCAAUAAAAUUUACUGUCAAACCUU